GAUCUUAAUAAUAUUCCCACCAAGAUGUUUUAAAAGAAGCCUUUCCUUCUACCUGAAAUCUCGUAAGUUUGAACUAAUGAUUGCGUACAACCCCUUGCUUUGCGUCAAUGGCUAGCCUUUUUACUCUCCGAGGUAGCAUCACUCUUGAAGAUGCAUUAGACGAGGACGACGAUGUGCUGGCGCAGCUACGUUAUCCGGAACAGAAGAAGAAAUUUUGGGCCUCAUUAGUAGCCCGAAAACUCGACAUCGAGGCUCUGGUUCGUUAUCAUUUAGGCGUUGACUGGUGCUAUAUAUGCACGACGGAAGUUUGGGGGUCAGGCAGUUUCAACGUGGUCAUCCCUAUUCUUAUUCGAGCUAAGACUCUAGGAGGUAAUGAGCGAGUAUAUCUUCGUUUUCCAUUACCGUAUAAAAUUGGCGAGGCCGAGUAUAAAGGGAACGUAGAGGAAAAGCUUCGGACAGAAAUCGCAACGUACAUAUGGUUUCAGCAAAAUUGCUCCGAUGUCCCUAUUCCAACUUUGUAUGGGUUUGGGCUACCGGAUGGGAGCUAUUUUUCGCAUCCAAGUAAAACACCGUUUUUGCUGAGAAUAUUGUGGGGGCUACGACGCCGGUUGCUCGCAUUCUUCGGCUUUCCGGUCCCAUCUCACUACAUACGACGCAGAUUCCAAAGCUCCUUCGAUAUGGGGUAUAUGAUCCUAAGUGCAGCCAAAGGCCGCACUCUUGCCUUCUCGUGGGAAAAACACCGCCAUGACAAGGCCUACCGACAGAGGCUUUUUCGCGACAUGGCGCGCAUCUGUCUGUCUAUUAACAGAACUCCUCUGCCGCGCAUUGGUUCACUUAGCUUUAACUCAACGGGCGUCGUCAAUCUAUCAAACCGCCCACUGGAUAUGUAUUUUCAUAUGCUUGAAAAUGAGGGCAUCCCAUCCGGCAUCCCACGGCAGAGGACUUACACUUCAAUUGAACCUUAUAUAUCUGAUUGUCUCGUCAUGCAAGAUAACAAGCUACUCUACCAGCCGAACGCCAUUCAUGACCAGGAAGACGGGGAAAUGCAGCUUGCAGCUUUGACCGCCUUGCGAGCCACCAUGCAUCACUUUGUUCGUCCCGACUAUCGAGAUGGCCCUUUCUACUAUACGCUUACGGACCUCCAACAGAACAACAUAUUCGUUGACGAGAAAUGGAAUAUUCAAACUAUUAUUGACCUCGAGUGGGCGCAAGCCCAACCUAUUGAAAUGCAGCUUCCGCCGUACUGGCUUACGUCUAAACCAAUCGACGACUUCAAUAAAGCUGAAUCCAUCUCUGAGCUGGGAACUAUAUUUGAAGAGUAUUUUGACAUCUACGAAGCAGAGGAAAGAGCUAUGAAUGGUGUUUUGCUCCAUGAUCCUACCAUGCGCCAUGUGUGGAAAACAGGCGCUUUUUGGUAUUUUAAUGCAAUCAAAAUACCAAAAGGAAUGUAUAGGAUCUUCAAUACCAACAUCCAACCCCUUUUCAACAAGGAGCACUGCAGAGGGUCUGUUUUGAUCAUGCAUUCUUUUGGUAUUGGGGUAAAGGGGUAAAGGGGCUUAUUGAAAAGAAACUUAAAGAUAAAGAGAAAUAUGUCGCGGAGAUCA